AAUAAAAUUAAGGUUUUUACUAUGGGGGAUCUAUAAAAUGUCUUGGUGGGAAGCAAAGAAAUUUCAGUCUUCAUGACUGAUGACGCUAUCUUUAUUUUCCCCGCCAUGGAAGUGGACUUGCAACAGCUGCUGCCGAGAAAACAAUCUACUUACCUCUCACUAGAUGAGAAUUUGGAGAUUCAGAAGGAAGUUCACGAGGCCAACAGUACAGUCAAAUUUACUUUGCUUGUCUCUAAAUGAUGAGAACUUUGCUUUAUUUCCUUGUUCCCAACUGGAAAUCCCAUCUCCCUGUUUUAGGGCUAGAAGAAGGCAAAGAAUGCAUCAUUGUUGGGAUCCUUUACAAGCACAUGAAACUCAAACCUUGCAUUCUUGAUGAAUACUCCAAGGAGAGAUCUGUUACCCUUCUUGUAAAACCUCAUAAUUUUAAGCAUCAAGAUGAUUAUUGGGUUUUGGAAGAUGAAAGUGGAAGAGUUAAGCUUCACGGCAUUAUGCUUUCACCUUCGGUUUAUGUAACAGUGUCGUUGUUGCAUUGCAUGGAAAGGAAACCAGUGCAGGAGACUUCUUUGUUGAAGAUGUUCUGGAAGCUGGCUUACCACCUCAGAUUAAGCAGGCGCUCAAAUCAAGAUCUUAUCCUUUCAGUGAUCGGGAUCCCUUCCUAAUCGAUAGCUGUCCUCAUGUCUACUUUGUUGGUAAUCAGGAAAAUGUGAAACUUGCUUGUUAAAAGGAUUGGAAAGGAAAUUGGUAAGACUUAUUUGCAUUCCUAGAUUCUGCAAAAGGAGUUGCUGUUGUGCUCAACAUAAGAAACCUUGAAUGCCAUGCUCUAACUUAUGGGACUCAAUUCAGCUCAUAGCAUGGUAUGUAGUUUAAAUACCACUUAGCAUUGCAGACCUUUUUCUAACUUAAGAAUUAUUUAUGAUUGAUUACAAUUUGUAUGGGAUAAAAUCAGUGGAACCUGCAUCAAACAAAGAAACAAUGGUUGUUCUUCCCUUUGUUAAUUAAAGCAUAAAACUAAUGAGUAAAACAGAAUAUGGUGUUUUAUGUGUGAUCUUCCUUCACGUGUCCUCUCUUUAAACAUAAAUUUUGAUGGAGAGGACAUACGGAUAGGAUGACUCCAUGAUUAACAAGGUAGUUCAACAUGCUGACAUCAUUUUAUGUUCUUAAUAUUGUUACUUUAUUGUCAUUUGAUAUGUUUGAACAUUGCAAUCUAAUGUCCUAUGUUAAUAUCAAGUCUUAAGAAAAGAAGAGUUAUAGGGUUUGACUUGACAGCUAA